AUGAAGUGUGGCAAGUUAUAUGGUUACGCAGUAGUGCCAGGUCUCACACUCAAGUAAGCUUGAAGCUGUUGAUAUUAGAGAUUUAGAAAGGGCUUAUAAAUAUGCGUCGCACUUUGCUUUAAGUAGUGUUUGGAACAUGUUUACCAUUUCAUACUUGGGUGGUUUUGUUUGCAUAUUAAUUAAAGGUUACUUUUUAUUUCCUACGGAUAUAUUUUGUUGAUGGAAUUCUUCUUUACAGUUUAUUAUGAAUCAGUUUGGUCAUCAAUAUGGUAUCCAAGCAUCCGCAUUUUAUACGGGAGAAAUGAACACUUCAUUUGGAAAUACUGUUCAAAGACCUGGCUCUAGACCGUGUAGUCUUGAAACACCACCCCAGGAUUUUCAGUCCGCGCCUCCUUCCUUUCGAAAUGAUGGCGGGUAUUCGCUCUACCCAAGUUCCCAGUGCUAUGCGAAACCUGGUGUAUUACCUUCCUCAGACGGAUCGUGUGUUAAUUUUAUGGAACGAUCUCCAAUGGCAUCCGAUGGCACAGAAAAUACCAGUGUCUCAUUUGAUUAUCAAAAUCAAUUUAAUCUUCGUGUUCCUCAGGAAAUACCCAGUUGGAUGUCUUUGAAUUCUUCAGCCAAUAGCUUCUACACCGAUAUUUACAACAAAACUCUACUGAACCCGGUAUCUCAGUCAGUAUACACAGGUUCCCCAGUUCGUUACAACAGGAAUACUGAAAACACUGCUUUUCAAAAUCGUGGGCGUCCUAAACCUUCGGGCCCUCUGAAGGGGAACAAGGAGGUAAGAGAUCACACAUAG